AUGCAGGUACCCAACGCCAACCCGAUGAUGCCCAUGCACACCGGCGUGCCGGGGCAGGGGAUGCCGGUGCCUCAACCCGGAAUGCCGGGGAUGGCAGGACAGAUGUCCGGUCAGAUGCCUGGUGGGAUGCCGGGACCUGUGCCGACGGGCGGCAUGCCUGCGGGCGGAAUGGGAGCAGGCAUGCCGGGCAGUUAUCCCGGCCACAGUGGCUACGCGGGCUAUGGGUACGGUGGCUAUGGCGGGUACGGUGGCGGGUACGGAGGCUACGGCGGAUAUGGAGGUGGGAUGGGCGCAGGCAUGGGCGGGUACCAGCCCAACCUCGACUACACCUUUGAUCCCACUUGGGACAACUACAAGAUCUUCGAGACCCAGAACCACACCCGCUUCGCCGGAGGAUACGAGAAGAGUUUAUUCGAGGAGCUCCUCGAUAGGAUCCCUUCACUGUUUCGCAGUCGUGCAGCGUCCUUCACGGAAGCUCAGGCGGCAUACAACAGGAUCUACAACCUUGGCGUCGUCACCCGCAGCGCUCGUGACAUUGGCGCCGCGGCUGCAUUCUGGGCACUGAUUCUGAGCUUCGAACAAGUGCUUGAGCUAACAUCCAGUGUUUGGGAAGCAAAUCGUGCGACGUUUGGCCACAACCUUCCCAUCGAGGCCUGGAAGAACAGCGCCACCUCUCGUGCCUCAUCGUCACAGGACGCUGCCGAAUACGCGGCAGCUACAGUCACCAAGCUCUUUGAGGAAUACGGCAGCUCUCCGUUCGGCGGCUACGGCUACGACAGGCGCGGCGCAUACCCUCGUCGCUACAGUUCUGAGUACGAGGAGUCUAUUCGCCGGGACGAGCGUGAGGAGGCUUACCGCCGGGACGAGCGCGACCGUGACCGUGAGCGCGAGUACGACGCCCGCAUCAGACACGAGUACCGAGACAUUGACCGAGAGCGUGACCAGCUCUACCGCGAGCGCGCUGCAUUGGAGGCUGAACGAAUGUACGGCGCGGCUUACAGGCCCGACAUGAUGAUGGGCGCUGCUGCUGGUGCCUACGGCUACGCUGGGCCUUACGUCUACCCGAUUGGCUUGGGAGGUGCCACGGCCGGACCGGGGUACGGAAACGUCCCCAUGCCCCCUUCGCCCUACGGCUACGGAUACAACCAAGCGUACUACGACCAAAUCUAUACCCACCGGGGUACGUCGCACCGCAGCAAUAUGGCUACGGGUACUACCGCUAUUGAGAUUGUAACUGAACGGGACUUGUGCAGAGGUCGACCGCGCGCGAUGUGGACCGGCGUCGGGCUUCCAUACGGGCUAUGGAACAUUCUGACCAACAUAGGCUUCCAGUUUGUGAAGAUCUGGAACGCAGCGAAGCAGGAGCAGGAGGCCGCGCAGGCAGACUACGACAUGCAGCGCGAGGCGCGCAUGAGGGAGCGGGAGCAGAUGGAGAUGCAGCGCGAGCAGGCGCGGGGCGAGCGUCUGCGCCGCCGCGAGAUCAGGAGGGAGUACAGGCGCAGGCGGCGCAACUUUUACUCUAUGAGCGACGAUGAGGUCAACUAUGGCACGCAGAGGAGGCCCAGGAGCCGCGCGCUCGCACGCCUCACCCACCUCGGAUUCCGCUCAGACCGGCCCAAGGUGUACGUCUCUGGCGCCCCGGCGUCAAUGGCCACGGACGCACCGCAGCGCGCAACCAGUGCGAGCCCCGGGGGAGCAGCACCGAACCUCGCCCACCUCCCCCAAGUCACCCGCGUGGCGUCGGCGGAAGUCUACUCGUCUCAACACCUACACCCGAACAGCGCGUACCAGAACGGCGCGGCUGUGGAGAAUACGAGCACGGGCGCCAGCACGGGGGCGACCACGCCCUCAACUUCAGGGCGGACGACAUCGCAGAGCAAGCAAAGCCAGCAGACCCAACAGCGCACGGGCACCGGAACGCCAGGCACAGACAUACCGGACGACUACGGAUCCGCCCAAUUCGCCAAGGAGGAGCGGUGGCGGGCCCGCGAGCAGCGGCGCCGGCAGAAGGAGGAGGCGCGCGAGCGGCGCGACGCGGCCUAUGACCAGAGACACUAUGGGAGCAAGGUGUACAACCCGUACGCCGCCGCGGCGCAGUAG